AUGGAGAGUGACAAAAGAGUUAGUGAAACACAUAUCAUGGUCCUUCCUUUCCAUGCACAGGGUCACAUAAACCCGAUGCUCCAAUUCUCCAAGCGCUUGGCCUCCAAAGGUAUCAAGGUUACACUAGUAAUCGCGGCAACUUCCAAUAGUCAGUCCAUGCACGCCCAAACUAGCUCCAUCAACAUUGAGAUCAUUUCUGAAGAGUUUGACAGACGCCAACAAGAAGAAAGUAUUGAGGACUAUCUGGAGCGUUUUAGAAUAUUAGCUUCACAAGGCUUGACCGCGCUUAUGGAGAAGCACAAUAGAUCCAACCAUCCUGCUAAACUACUUAUCUAUGACUCGGUUUUGCCGUGGGCACAAGACCUAGCUGAACACCUAGGCCUUGAUGGGGUUCCAUUCUUCACUCAAUCAUGUGCUGUUUCAGCUAUCUAUUACCAUUUCUAUCAAGGGGUAUUCAACACUCCUUUAGAAGAAUCAACAGUAUCCAUGCCUUCCAUGCCACUAUUACGUGUCGACGAUCUUCCAUCAUUUAUCAAUGUUAAAAGCCCAGUCGACUCAGCUUUACUGAACCUCGUCUUGAGUCAGUUUUCAAAUUUCAAGAAAGGGAAGUGGAUAUUGUGUAACACUUUUGACAAGUUGGAAGAUCAGGUAAUGAAAUGGAUGACAAGCCAAAGACCAUUAAUCAAGACAAUAGGACCAACUGUUCCUUCGAUGUACUUGGACAAGAGGUUGGAGGAUGACAAAGACUAUGGCCUCAGCCUUUUCCAGCAGAAUGUUGACACCUGCAUUACGUGGCUAGACACAAAGGGCAUUGGUUCUGUGGUUUAUGUAUCGUUUGGAAGCUUGGCAUCACUGGGAGAAGAGCAGAUGGAGGAACUAGCAUGGGGCCUGAAAAGGAGCAACAGCCACUUCAUGUGGGUAGUCAGAGAAUUGGAAAAGAAAAAACUCCCUAACAAUUUCAUAGAGGAAACAUCCGAGAAGGGUUUGGUUGUGAGUUGGUGUUGUCAACUAGAAGUUUUAGCUCACAAAGCAGUCGGGUGUUUCAUGACUCAUUGCGGAUGGAACUCAACACUGGAGGCACUGAGCUUGGGAGUGCCAAUGAUAGCAAUGCCUCGGUUUUCAGACCAAACAACUAAUGCUAAAUUUGUUGAGGAUAUAUGGCAAGUUGGGGUUAGAGUUAAGGCCGAUGAAAAAGGGAUUGUUAAGAGAGAGGAAAUAGAGAUGUGCCUAAGCGAAAUUAUGGAGGGAGAGAGAGGGUAUGAGAUGAAAAGGAAUGCUGCGAGGUGGAAAGAAUUAGCUAAAGAGGCAGUAAAUGAAGGAGGAAGCUCCGAUAAGAACUUGGAAGAAUUUGUUGCAGAACUUUUAUGCAGCUCAGAUUGAAAUACAACACUAAAAUCUCUGUACUCCCAUUUCAGUUAUAUUCGCUGUCCCUUUG